AUGGGGAACCAGAAUUCGCGGUCGACGACGCCCACGUCGAACCCGCAAUCGCCCACCAACAAUGCCGCGGGCAACCACCACAACGUGACUGCAUCACAUGGCCAUGACCGACCGCAUAACCACCACCACCACCUCCCCCAUCUCCACCCCCCACACAGCCAGCACCACUCGGCCCGCCGCCGUGAAUCCAUCCAGGCACUGAGUGCAGCCAAAGCGCCUGCAGCUCCCAGCGUGAGCCUCGAGAACGCUGAGAGCCAUCCCACGUCGGCCCGCCCCAUCUCGCGUGGGAGGGCGCAAACGGCAGGGACUAGCACCAAAGCCGUCACCACCCAGCUGCGCGCUGCUCAGGACCUGUACAACACCACCCACAGCACCCGGACCGGAGACACCAUGGGGAACGAGCAGAGCAGCCAGAAGGGCGGCGCGCACAGCCACAAGGAUAAAGACAAGCACCAUGUCUCGCCCCGCGAUGCGAACACCACCCCGCCGUCACAGCCUGCCGCCGCUGCCAUUAUACCUGAUACCGCAGCUCAGCAACAACAAGCUGUCGAAGCUGAAGCUGAAGCUGCACCCGAAGUCUCCGCACGCCCACCCUCGCCUACCCUCCCCGUCGAUGUCCCAUCGUCUGCCUCGCAUCCAGACCCCCGCGCUUCGUCUCCCUCGAACCUCCCAUCACCAACCUCCGCCUCCAUGACCGCCGAUUACCUCAUUCCAGCCUCGGCCUCACAGUUCUCCCGCCCGCCGCGCCUGCCCCUGCCUAUCGAGGAGGAAGUGCACACGCCCGGCAGCCCCAUCAUAGCGCCGCAGGAGCUCAGUGGAUUCAACGGGGUUAGUGAAAUAUGGACACCUGUGCACGAGAGCGAUGCCGAUGGUAUGCUGCCGCGGCGCAGUUCCAUGGUGAGCAGUACGACGGCUGGGGAAGACGAGGAUGGGGAUUUGGGCGAAGAGUUUAAAGGCAGUGAGGGGAGACCUACGGUUCCUACGUUGAUUGAGUGGGAAGGUCCUGGGGAGCGCGUAUAUGUUACGGGAACUUUUGCGGGCUGGAAUCGCAAGUACAAGUUGCAUCGCAACGGACCCAGCAAGAAGAAAGAUGCCCUCUCCGCCUACGUAUCCGUCACUCCAGGAACUCACCACCUUACCUUCCUCGUCGACAACGACAUGCGAACAUCCGACAAACUUCCCACCGCCGUAGACUACACCAACAUCCUCGUAAACUACAUCGAAGUCCCCUACCCAGAACUCACACCCCUCCCAGCCAGCCCGCCAGCCGCCACCGCAGCGACAAACGACCCUCUAGAUGACUCCAUAACACCCGUCCAAGAACGCGAAGCCCCUGUUGGCAUGUACCCGCCCCAAGUCCUACCACCAACCCCACCCCUCAACGCAACCGCCGGCCCCACAACCGCAAACCCCAUCCCAACCGUCACCGCACCCCCUAUCGAACCCGCCAAACCGCCCGUUCCCGAGCCAACCAAGAAAUACCACCAAAACAUACCCCGCUACCUCCUCGACCUCGACGCUCCCGAAGAAUCCUCCCGUUUUGCCCGUGCAAAUGCCAUGACGAAUAACUUGCCUACGCCACCUACGCUUCCUGGGUUUUUGGGCAAGAGUAUUCUGAAUGGGACGACGCCGAUGAAGGAUGAUAGUAGUUCGGUAUCCGGACACCUCUACUUUGUCAAGAUCAUGAACGCAUAUGCCUAUCGAGCACUCGAGGGCCCGGAAUACAUCAGGCUCAUUGUGCUGCACCCAGCCUUGUCCAAGACCACACCCCUACGGAUAGACUUUGUUUCAUCAAAACUUGAAGAUGUCGAAGGAGAUUACGACGCUGUUUCGUACACGUGGGGAGAACCAGUUUUGACGUUUCCCUUAUAUGUUGGCGAGGACGGCAUGCAGGUCUACGUUACGGAGAAUCUCGAUCGGGCACUUCGAUACCUACGCUACGAAACUCGCGAACGACUGCUUUGGGCUGAUGCUGCGUGCAUCAAUCAGAAAGAUAAUGAAGAAAAAGCGAUCCAAAUCCCUCUGAUGGUCCAGAUAUUCCGGGGUGCACGAAGUGUCAUGGCUUGGCUCGAUCCGGGCGGAGACACCGCAAUCGAGCAAAAAGGCAUGCGAACAGUAGAACGUCUAUCUCGAGCGCCCCAGAAUGGAGAUGAAUUGUUACAGGAAAAUCUCCACAGCGUACAACGUUUCUUGAAACUUCCCUGGUUUAACAGACUGUGGAUAGUGCAAGAAGUUGUCUUCAGUCUAGAGGUUCGCUUGAUAUGCGGCGAAACGGAUCUUCCCUUCUCCCGGUUCAUUGCUGGGCUUUGUCAAGUGAAGCCCCAGCUCGAGGCUUCUUGUAACAACCCUGAAGACCUAGUAAGAAUAAGAGGCAUUAGCGAAAUUGAAAAACUUUGGAGCCACUAUUCGCGCUUCCAGACUCUACUCGAAUACGACGAUGAGAUCACAAGAGCCGAUGAAGUCACCGAGAUCACCGACGUUGUGGCCUUGGUAGAGAAGUUCGCACUGUAUGGGUGUACAGAUCCACGAGAUCGUAUAUUCGCUUUGUUUAGCAUGGCGACCAAUGUCCGACCAGCAAGAUGCAAUCUCCAAGAAGAUCACGACUCCCAACAAGGCGAUUCCCCCCGCACAAACGACGACCCACAAACAGAGCAUGCUGAGCAUGGGCAGAGCGAUAAAAUUUACAUGAAUAUUGACUAUGCGCUUAGUGUGGAUGAAACUUACGAGGCUUUCGCGCUUGCUCGAUUAAAUGCAGACAAAGAGGGGGCGCAGCUGAUUUGGGAGGCCGUGUUUUCCCGUCAAUACUCACCUCGACCGAUCACUUGGCCGUCGUGGGUACCGGAUUGGCGGAUUCCACCUCGACAAACAAUGCCAGUUUCCUAUCAGAGGCUCUUGGGAAAUGGUGAUCAUGGGGUAGAUCUCAAGGCUCGCCGACUUGCAACAGGUGUUAUUCGGAUGAACAUCCCCAUUGGAAAGCACUACCCUGACGAAACAGAUCAACAGCUCUAUAAUGUCACAUGGAAGAUGUCGAGAAAGGCAGAGGAUGCCGCAACAUCAUUACAAUCACAUUUGUUGCAGCUGUACAGAAUGCUAUCCAACCCUGUCGUUGUGCAAAGAUCCGAUCAUCUUCCAGGAAUGCUAGCGCAUUCGUCUUCUAAGCUCAUCCCUAAGAUUUUCCCCGCUCUUCUCACCAAAAUCAUUCAUAAGCUUGUUGGCAAGGAGACUUUUUCCUGUGAAGAUUCGGACGAAGACGAUAUGUCUUCGCAACUUGGACGGCAUUUCGCUAGGAUGUCGAUGAUACCUGAAGCAGAUGGUGCGCACUGCGGUCCAAAGCCAUCUUCUUCCGAUGUUCAAGAUGUUUUCGACAAACUGGAUCAAAAUCUGGGGGACACCACAACCUUAUUUUGCUUUCAAGACCCAGGCACUGGUGUGCAUUCAUUCGGUUUGGGCGAUACGAAAAUCGAGCCUGGUGAUCGCAUCAUACUUCUGGGGGAUCUCUAUCGCUCGGCAAUAUAUGGGUCAUCCACGACGACACUUGUACUUCGACAAUGCAAUCCAGCUGAAUCCGCACAUGUUGGAAGUCCGGUCUAUCAGCUUGUCGGUCGAGGCUACAUAUAUGAUCCGACUUCUGUGUUGCUAAGAGCCGAGUUCAAGAAAUACUUCCAUUCCACUGAAGGUGAGAAGAUAAAUCCUCUUGGGUUUAAAAAGCGUUGGCGCAAAUUCUCAUCUUUCAACAAGACAUUCCAAAAGUCUGACUACGUGUUGAAUAUGGCUUGA